AUGCCUCGAGCAACCCGUGGAAAGAAAGUCUCAUACAGUGAGGACCCACUUGCAGAGGUCUUAGGCGACGAAUUGGCGCCAGAACAGCAUGUGCACUAUGACGACCCAGACGACAAUGAUUUCGAUCAGCAAGGUGCGCCGGAGGAGGAAGAUGAGGAAAUGGAUGAUGCAGCAUCUACUGAAGACGACGGGGAGGACGGAUUCGACGAGGAUGAUGCAAGCGAGGAUGACCGACCCAAGAAGGGCAAGGGGAAGGCCAAAGCAACACCAGCACAAGCGCCAGCGCCUCGGCACACACCAAUGGCUUCGCCUAAACCAAUCCGCGCAGCAAUUAAGCGGAAGGAAACUCCCUCUUCUGCGAAGGUCACGUAUGACAACCGCGCCGCUCGCAGCAGACAAAAAUCGUUCGCCCUUCCCGAUCGUGUCGUGACAAUCAACGGCUAUCGCCCACUCCAGAAUGAACGUAUGGAGGAGUUGUAUAAAUGGUGGAUCACCUACUCCAUCCGCGUCUGCCGAGAGCUCUGUGCAGAUGGUGAUAAACUCUGGCCUAAGGUAGCAUGGCCAGAGGAGCUCCCAUUUGCGCAAGAGACGGCUAUGUUGUCCACUGCGGAGGUGGAGAUUGAGGGGUCGGGACAGCUACCGUGGACACAGUCCUCGCUUCCAUUGUGGCACGGUCCGUUCCAGGAUCAGAAACUGACAGAACUAUCUCCCUUCCAAUCUCUGUCGGUUGAGGAAGACUUCCCUGGUAAGACCGGGUACAUUACGAACGCCGCACACUCAAUUCAAUCCCUCGCAUGGCUCCCAAACCGUGCCGGCAACGAAGACCAGAUUUUGGCUGUUAGUGGACAUCCCGAUGUUCAUUAUGAACCGACAUCGGUAUUUGAGAUAUUGCAGGGCAAACAAGUGGGCCAUAUCCAAUUCUUCCGGAUUCCGGUUUCAGAGGAUCAAGUCCCACGUGAGCCAAAACUAGCAUCUGUGGUUUUACACAAGUAUGGUGCCGUGUGGAAUUUGAUAUUCUGUCCAUACGGUUGCAAAUCUGGCUCUCGUGCGGGUCUAUUGGGGAUGCUUACUGCAGACGCGAAGGUACGGGUAUUUGCUACGGAAGAGGAGUGGUUGAAAAAGGAGGAGGGGGAAACAGUCUAUAUCGACUUGCGAAAGGCUGCGUGGGAGUUUGAGAUAGAGAGUGGAGUUAGUGCGUUCAGUUGGGUGUCACACGAGGAAAUUGCCGUUGCUGGCAACAAUGGUUCCGUGGCUACCUUCUCUUUGACGGAUUCGGGUCCAUCGCAUAACUUACCAUUGCAGUUGUUCCCGUUGAUGUCUUGUGCUGUACGGGCUAUGACUUCUUGUGGACCGAGUUUCCCGCAUUUUUUGCAGGUGUAUGGGUAUGACUGUUCACUAAAGCUGGUGGAUCUUCGGGAUCCUGUUGUGGAAACGGGAACAGCGCCAAGAGCAAGAAAAAUGUGUUAUGCUUCCGUAUGGCAUGAAUACACCCAAGGCGUCCUCAGUGCUGACGACGGUAAUGCUGUUGACUGGAAAUCUGUCCGUGCAUUCUUGAACCACCAACAAGUAACUCAACACCUCGGCUCAGUGACCUCAAUCGCCACAUCCCUCUCCCACCCCCUCAUCCUAAUAACCUGUACCGACGGAAUCUGCGAUAUCGUCAAUGUCAUGAAAAAGACCUUAUCAGGACACACUGUGCCUCAAUUCCGCCGCCACCUCUUUCAGCUUGACUAUGAUAUCCAUACAAAGGAGUUCAGAAUGACGGAUGGGUGGAAGGCGGAACAGAUCAAUUUGACGACAAGUACGAGGAAGAAAAAGGGUGCGGCGGGGGAGGAGAUGAAUGUGGGGACUGCGCCCGCCUUUCUGAAGGAGGUAAAUGUGGGGAAGGCCGUGUGGUGUCCGAGUGUAGGGUGUGCGGGGUGGGUUGCUGUUGGGAUGAGUUGUGGGUUGCUGAGGAUUGAGGAUAUGAGUAGGGGUGUUGAGGGGGCACCGGAGGAGAUUGAGAUGCUUGCUUCAGCGCCAAUAUUUUGA